AUGCCAACAGGAAGUCACUGGACAGCAAACCUCUUCCAGGAUCACAACUGGGCUAUUGAAGUAACUCGAAAAAGAGGAAAAAAAGAGCUGACCAUGGCAAGAAGAAACCGAGUUCGGUCUACCUCUCCUCCAGAUGGAGGCUGGGGCUGGAUGAUUGUGGCUGGCUGUUUCCUUGUUACCAUCUGUACUCGGGCAGUCACCAGAUGUAUUUCCAUUUUUUUUGUGGAGUUCCAGACAUACUUCACUCAGGAUUAUGCACAAACAGCUUGGAUCCAUUCCAUUGUAGACUGUGUGACCAUGCUCUGUGCUCCACUUGGGAGUGUCGUCAGUAACCAUUUAUCCUGUCAAGUGGGAAUCAUGCUGGGUGGCUUGCUUGCAUCGACUGGUCUCAUCCUGGGCUCAUUUGCCACCAGUCUGAAGCAUCUCUACCUCACUCUGGGAGUUCUCACAGGUCUCGGAUUUGCACUUUGUUACUCUCCAGCUAUUGCCAUGGUUGGCAAAUAUUUCAGCAGACGGAAGGCCCUUGCUUACGGGAUCGCUAUGUCAGGAAGUGGCAUUGGCACCUUCAUACUGGCUCCGGUGGUUCAACUCCUUAUUGAACAGUUUUCCUGGCGGGGAGCGUUACUCAUUCUUGGGGGCUUCGUUUUGAAUCUCUGUGUUUGCGGCGCCUUGAUGCGGCCUAUUACUCUGAAAGAGGACCCUACAACUCCAGAGCAGGACCACAUCUGUAGAACUCAGAAACAAGACUUUAAGCGAGUGUCUCCCUGUGCAACUCUGACUAAAAAAUGGGUGCAGACCUGCCUCUGUUGCUCUUUGCAACAGGAAUACAGUUUUUUACUGAUGUCAGACUUCGUUGUGUUAGCCAUCUCUGUUCUGUUCAUGGCUUACGGCUGCAGCCCUCUCUUUGUGUACUUGGUACCUUAUGCUCUGAGUGUCGGAGUGAGUCACCAGCAAGCUGCUUUCCUUAUGUCCAUUCUCGGGGUGAUUGACAUUAUUGGCAAUAUCACAUUUGGAUGGCUAACUGACAGAAGGUGCCUGAAGAAUUACCGGUAUGUCUGCUACCUCUUUGCCGUGGGACUGGAUGGGCUUUGCUAUCUCUGCCUCCCAAUGCUCCAGAGUCUUCCUCUCCUCGUGCCUUUCUCUUGUACCUUUGGCUACUUUGAUGGUGCCUACGUGACUCUGAUCCCAGUAGUGACUGCAGAAAUAGUAGGGACCACGUCUUUGUCAUCAGCCCUCGGUGUGGUGUACUUCCUUCAUGCAGUGCCGUACUUGGUGAGCCCACCCAUCGCAGGAUGGCUUGUGGAUACGACGGGCAGCUACACUGCAGCCUUUCUGCUCUGUGGAUUCUCAAUGAUAUUUAGUUCUGUGUUGCUUGGCUUUGCUAGACUUGUAAAGAAGAUGAAAAAAACCCAGCUGCAGUUCCUGGCCAAAGAGUCUGAUCCGAAGCUGCAGCUAUGGACCAAUGGAUCGGUGGCUUACUCUGUAGCAAAAGAGUUAGAUCACAAAGAUGAGGAAUCUGUCGCUGUCGCAGUGUCUGGUUACAACCCCACAUGA